AUGGGGCACAGAUUUGUUAAGAAAGUCAAUGGACAGGGUGAAGCUUAUUCAGGAAAAGCUUCUAUCAGCUCAGAGUCAACAAAAGAUAUAUGCGGACCGAAAGGUUCGGACUUAGAGUUUGGAGUGGGAAAGCAGGUGCUUUUGAAGAUCUCACCCAUGAAACGUGUUAUGCGAUUUGGGAAGACGGGAAAGUUAAGCCCGAAGUACCUUGGCCCAUUUGAGGUUCUCCGUAGAGUUGGAGAUGUUGCUUAUGAGUUGGCAUUACCACCGGGCCUGUCAGGUGUUCAUCCAGUUCGUUGGGAUUCUGUGUUACUUGAUGAGAAUCUGUCUUAUGAUGAGGAGUCUAUAACGAUUCUGGAUAGGUAG